CGGCGCGCCGUGGGAGGGAGCAGGCAUGUUCAUAUGCCUCCGUGUGCAAGAGCGCCAGACAGAGGAAACAGAGGCACGACAGAGGACAGAGGACGGCUCAGCGGCGGCGGCGGCGGCGGUGGCGGCUGUGGCUGACUGGCGCUAGUUGGAGGAGGCGCGGCUCCACCUGCCCCUCCAUCCAAGCACCUGUAUGGACGACCACCUCAGCCUUCUUCACUCGCCUCCGCCUUCGUCUGCCAAGCACCGAGGCAACAACGUCGUCAAUCACGGCUUCACCGAGAGCGACCAGGACACCAUGACUGUGGUGGCUUGUGAUAACAUGCUGGAGGAGACGGCAGCUCUGCCUGGGCACCACUCCAUAGACCGCUACGAGCCCGACCACGAGUGCUGCGAGCGUGUGGUGAUCAACAUCUCCGGGCUGCGAUUUGAGACGCAGCUCAAAACUCUGUCCCAGUUCCCCGAAACCCUGCUGGGGGACCCUAAGAAGAGGAUGCGCUACUUCGACCCCCUGAGGAACGAGUACUUUUUCGACAGGAACCGACCCAGCUUCGAUGCCAUCCUGUACUACUACCAGUCCGGAGGUCGCAUCCGGAGACCCGUCAACGUGCCCAUUGACAUCUUCUCCGAGGAGAUCCGCUUUUACGAGCUCGGAGAGGAGGCCAUGGAGAAGUUUCGCGAGGACGAGGGCUUCAUCAAAGAGGAGGAACGCCCCUUGCCCAGCAAUGAAUUUCAGCGCCAGGUCUGGCUCCUCUUUGAAUACCCCGAGAGCUCGGGUCCGGCGAGGGGCAUCGCUAUUGUCUCGGUGCUGGUGAUUCUCAUCUCCAUCGUGAUCUUUUGCUUGGAAACUUUGCCCGAAUUCCGGGACGAUAAAGACACGACCACCGUGGCCCCCAUUAUAAACGGGACGGCGCCUUAUCUCGGGAGUCCCUUCUCGGACCCGUUCUUUGUAGUGGAAACGCUGUGCAUCAUCUGGUUUUCCUUCGAACUGCUGGUGCGCUUCUUUGCCUGCCCCAGCAAAGCCACGUUCUCCAAAAACAUUAUGAACAUCAUCGACAUCGUAGCGAUUAUCCCAUAUUUCAUCACGCUGGGCACGGAGUUGGCGGAGAGGCAGGGCAACGGGCAACAGGCGAUGUCCUUAGCCAUUCUCCGGGUCAUCAGGUUAGUGAGGGUCUUUCGCAUCUUCAAGCUGUCCCGGCACUCCAAAGGGCUCCAGAUCCUGGGACAGACACUAAAGGCCAGCAUGAGGGAGCUGGGGCUCUUAAUCUUCUUCCUCUUCAUCGGGGUCAUCCUCUUCUCCAGCGCCGUGUACUUUGCCGAGGCAGACGACCCGGACUCCGGCUUCAAUAGCAUCCCGGAUGCCUUCUGGUGGGCCGUGGUCACGAUGACCACGGUCGGCUACGGGGACAUGCACCCUGUAACCAUAGGAGGUAAAAUCGUGGGCUCCCUGUGCGCCAUCGCCGGGGUCUUAACCAUUGCCCUUCCGGUGCCGGUCAUCGUCUCCAACUUCAACUACUUCUAUCACAGAGAGACGGAGGGUGAGGAGCAGGCGCAGUAUCUACACGUCGGUAGCUGCCAGCCGCUGUCAUCCAGCGAGGAGCUCAAGAAGACGCGUAGCACCUCCUCGCUGAGCAAGUCGGAGUACAUGGUGAUCGAGGAGGGCAUCAACAGCACCUUCAAGCAGCCGAACUUCGGCGCGCAAAACAACCAGAACUGUGUUAACAUCAAGAAGAUUUUCACAGACGUAUAGAAGUUAGAGAAAACCGUGUAGAUACCGCCACUGCACCUUCUUCUCCUAAUAAUCGUGCCGUGUCAGUGCAAGUCUUGUGUGGAGGCAGCGCCAUAGGUAUUUAAAUGUGUCCUUUCGAGUCCGUGAGCUGCCAGAUUCACUCCAUUCAAUCGUGAGAAAAUAACAAUUAUAAAAAUAACGAUCAUUAAUAAAACAUAGGGUCAGGUCCUGGGUUCUGUAACACAACACUGAUACCCAGCUAUCCUUUGAUUUAAGCGCAAUACCUGUCAGCGUUUCUGGUUUUAUUUUAUUUUUUUAAACUGCCAAGGUGGUGUUUGCGUAGUGUUUUAAAUCUAAUCGUUACGUGGACAUUAACUUAUAGUAAGUGAAGUGUAUUUAAUAAUUAUAUCGGUAACAUUUUAGCAAGAGAAAAGUCUGAACAAAACGCAAGGCGGUUGAUCAUAAACAAAUCUUCAAUUCUAAUCUCAUUCGAAUAAUGCUUGAAUAGAUAAAGCUCACGUGUAAUUUUAAAUUAAUCUAAUUGUUUUAAAGAGGGGGAAAAGCGAUGUGUGCUAAUAUACACACUGGGUCCGGCACGUGUGUCAGAUCAGUCUGAGAUAAUCCAUUGCGUUUAAUCAGCAAUAGGGAUUUUUUUUGACCAUUUAAGACGGGAAGAGAAGAAUUUUUUUUCAUACAUCGUGAUAGGAGUUGUACUCGGCAACGAUUUAAUCUCAGAUCACCCCUGACUUUCAAUUAAGGACAAUGUGUCGAUAUUUUCUUAGUCAAUGUGGCAACAUCUGGAUCCAGACCUGGCUGCAGGUGCAAGGAAAAGGGCACUAAGCGUCCUUCGGAGAUGGACGACAGCGACAAAAAAGGGUCCUGCGAAAAAACACGCCUUCCACUGGAUGCUGCUAAUCCCGCCUAGAGUAUUACUGUCUCCAUAGCGACCACGGUUUCCUGGGUAACCUCUCUAAUGUUGCCAUGGCACCUUUGUCUGUUUCCACAGUAACCUUCCAGAUGGUUCUGACCCGAGAUAUUCAACCUUAAAGACUCGUCUUGAAAUUCUGGUACAGGAAUGAUAUCACAAAAGUGUGCAAGUAAACUGAGUAAACACUCAAAGGGGGGGGAAAAAUUCAAGAAAGGCGUGACUGUUGGACAUUAGUCAUCUCUUUAAGGAGUGACAACAUACAGAUUUAUCGUAAAAAAUAAUAAGUUGUGAUUAUGAAUCACAUAACUGCGGACACGUCCGUCUUGGUCAGUUUUGGUACACGGGGAUCGGGACGUCGCUCAAGUGAAAUUGCUCUGAUUAAUGAAAUUGUCAUGGACAGUUACACACUGAGAUGACAUGUACCUGAAAAAAGAGUGAAAGUGCCGACAGAAGGAAAACAAAAAAAUCUAUGUCUUUAUAUCACACGUUCGCAGGACGCGUCUCCACGCCUUCCAGCGCUCGAGGCCUGAAGUGUGGGUCAGAUGAGCGUCUUUACAGCUUCACCGGCCACCACCCCCUGCCCUUCCACAGGCUAUGGCCUUUCUUUCUUGUUGGGGAAUGCUUGACCCCACAAAGCAGAGGCACCUUGAGCCACGGUCCUUGACGAACAUUCGUCCCGGCUGCCUCGCUUGGACCCAUCAAGACAAACUUCAAGCCAAGACCGACUGGUGAAGACCUGACAGAUUGCUCCAUAGACUAAUGGACAGACUCAACGCAUUCAACAAACGUAGGCGGACCCAUGAACACAGCUGCCAAACCAAGGUCCACGCCAACAGACCAGCAAACAUGGGUCGGGCCGAGUCUGCGUGGCCCAUGGAUAUAGUCGGACUUCUUCUACCAGACCGGUGUUAACAGAACAUUCCUCACUAAACUGGCUAUAGUCCCAGUGAUUCCUUCUGCCAGGCCAGGAGGCCUUCAAAGUUGCUCCACAGAUGCUCCAGCUAUGAAUACCAUUUCCUGUCUUUGUUCCCCCAUGUCACUGAGCUGCGUGUGGCCGGUGACCAGACAUAGGGGUCAUGUUCUGCACCCCCUACCACAGUGUAACCAGUGUGGUGUUGUCUCUAAUGUAAAUACAUAAACAGAUUCAGAACAGUGCAUUCAGAACAACCCCUGGCCCGGAUUCACUGAUUCCUUGAUUCCUGGAUUCACUGAUUCCUUGAUUUUAUUCCAUCAUCCCCUGCAUUCCGUUAGCCGGAGGUGUGAAGGGAGUAGCGCCUAAGGGGGAAACAUCCGGUCCGAAAGGCUCGGGGCCGCCUGUAGAGCAGACAGGACAUGGCAAACGUCACCUGCCUUGUUGGUCAGCAUCAUAUGCGUGCAGCUUAACAUCAAAGAGCAGUGUCUGGUUUUCUCAGCAUUGAGCAGCAUUGUUUCUGGAGAAGGGUGGAGGAUCUUUUUGGGGGGGGUUGGGUGAGGAAGAGGGGUGAAGAAGACGCAGGAUACGUCUGAUCCUGAUGUCCUAGAGUACUUCACCACACAGGAGACUCUGCAGGACAUUCUGAGGCCUUGGUAAUUGCUCUCCUACUUCUCAGAUCUGAAAGGACAUCUGGGAAUUAGACCACAGGGGUCAUUCAAGCUCAGUAUGCAGGUAGGGGGGCAAUUCCGGCCAAGGACUAUAUGAGGAACUCGAUAGUUAUCUGUGUAUUUGAGAUCCAAAUGCCGACAGUCCGUGGAAGAAAUGAUUUUUGCUAAGUAAUAUACUGUAUAAAAGCAAAAGAUGUUUCACCUUGAGAAUGUAAGUUGCUCUGCUGCUUUGAUAUUUAUUUUUAUACAUUAAGUCUGCUCAUAAGAUCAAGUUUGGGCAUGUAUAUUUACAAUGCUUGAAAUCUGUUUAGGUUGACUCAAGCACAUUUGGCGUUUAAUCAGUUGAUUUUUAUGGAAUGGUCAUUUCACUUAUUUUUUUUUUCUUUGUUUAUUUAAAGCAUUUGUACAAAGUGACUUACAGAUUUAUCUUUUUAUAUCAGAGAUCUAUCACCACAUGGGAUUUCAAGCAGGAGCCUCCAGGGGAUUCAUCAACAACCAUGUCACCUGCUAUUGUCACUUUGUGUGGUCAUUUUGAAUAAAUUCUGAAUCAUUCAGAGGUGAGAUCAUA